AUGGCGGCGAGAUACGGCGGCGACGAUCGGACGGAGAAGCGAUCUAGGGUUUGCGGCGGAAGAGCCGGCCUAAUACCAUUGGAGGAGAAAUUCGACGCCGCCACGAGCGGCAAGUGGGGCAUCCUCGGCUGGCUCUACAACCAGGGUGCCACGCCGCUCAUAGUCAUCGACAGCUUCAGCCAGGCCAGCUCCGACCUCGUCGACAUCCAGGCGUCCGUGCUCUUCCAGGCGCUGCGCUGCGAGAAGCGGUACCUACGCAUCCAGGAUGACGAGCUCAAGGGCAACACCUCCUCUGUUGACGUGUCCACUCCAGUGAACCUCAAUGGCCUCAUCGAUGUCUGCAAGGCGCUGCUCAAGAGGACAGUGUGCAGGGUGGACGUCGAGACCGGCAAGAGCGUGCCUGACGUGAACAGAGGCACCAAUGAGGAGGAACUCGUCCGUUUCGCCAGCAUGCUCUCACAGGAGCGCAAGGCCAGGUUCCAGAAGAAAGGCAUAACUACCGUCACACAGUAA